GAGGUCCCGUCACCUGGCUCCGGCUGUCUCCCGGGGUCUUCUGCUCUGGUCUGCGAUCGAGCAGAAGAUCACUGAUAAUACUGAGCAGUGCUGUGUCCUAUGCAUAGCACUGCACAGUAUUAGCAAUCAAACGAUUGCUAUAGAUAGUCCCCUAUGGGGACAUAAAAAGUGUAAAAAAAAUAAAAGUUGAAAAAUGUAAAAAUAAAAAGUAAAAAAAAAAGUGAAAAAUCCCCUCCCCCAAUAAAAAUGAAAAUUGUCAGGUUUUCCCAUUUUACCCCCAAAAAGCGUAAUUUAAAAAAAAAAUAAACAUAUUUGGUAUCGCCGCGUGCGUAAAUGUCCGAACUAUCAAAAUAUAAUUUUAAUGAUCCCGUACGGUGAAUGGCGUAAACGUAAAAAAUUAAAAAAGUCCACAAAUCCUGCUUUUUUGUCACAUUUUAUAAAAAAAAAUUAAUAAAAAAUGAUCUAAAAGUUUUAUAUAUGCAAAUGUGGUAUCUUAAAAAAAGUACAGAUGACAGCGCAUAAAAUGAGCCCUCAUACCGCCCUAUAUACGGAAAAAUUAAAAAGUUAUAGGUGGUCAAAAUAGGGCGAUUAUAGAUUACUGAUUUUGUACAAAAAGUUUUAGAUUUUUUUUAAGCGGUACAAAAAUAUAAAAGUAUCUAGCCAUGGGUAUCAUUCUAAUCGUAUUCACCCACAGAAUAAAGAACACCUAUCAUUUUUACCGUAAAGUGUACAGUGUGAAAACAAAACCCUCCAAAAUGUGCAAAAUUCAGGUUUUCAUUAAAAUUUCCUCCCUAAAACAAUUUUUUGGGGGGUUUGCCGUACAUUUUAUGGUAUAAUGAGAGGUUUCAUUACAAAGUACAAUUGGUCAUGCAAAAAACAAGCCCUUAUAUGGGUCUGUACAUGGAAAUAUAAAGGAGUUAUGGAUUUUAGAAGGCGAGGAGGAAAAAACGAAAAUGCAAAAAUAAAAUUGGCCUGGUCCUUGAGGGGAAAAUGGGCUUGGUAAUUAAGGGGUUAAUGAAUACUUCUGUUCAGUUUUUACAGAAGAAAAAGAAGGAAAAGGACCUCCAUUAGGGAGGAAGACUAAUGAAUUGUUUGAUGCAUGUGUCUAUACAGAGGAAGAGGUUCUACAUUUGCUGUCUAAAGUGAAGACAAAUAAGUCACAGGGGCCUGAUGGGAUACACCCAAAAUUAUUAAAAGGGCUUAGUGGUGAGCUAGCAAAACCUUUAACAGAUUUAUUUAACGAAUCACUGGUAACAGGAGUGGUCCCGGAAGAUUGGAAAUUAGCAAAUGUCGUGCCCAUUCACAAGAAAGGUAGUAGGGAGGAAUCAAGCAACUAUAGGCCAGUAAGUCUGACAUCAAUAGUGGGGAAAUUUAUGGAAACCCUACUAAAGGAUAGGAUUGUGGAACAACUAAAUCCCAUGGAUUGCAACAUGAAAAACAACAUGGGUUUACUUCAGGGAGAUCAUGUCAAACAAAUCUUAUUGAUUUUUUUGACUGGGUGACUAAAUAAUAGAUGGCGGAGGGGCAGUAGACAUUGCAUAUCUAGAUUUUAGUAAGGCAUUUGACACUGUCCCACAUAGAAGACUUAUCAAUAAACUGCAGUCAUUUAGCUUGGACUCCCAUAUUGUUGAGAGGAUUAGGCAGUGGCUGAGUAACAGACAACAGAGGGUUGUAGUCAAUGGAGUAUAUUCAGAGCAAGGUCUUGUUACCAGUGGGGUACCUGUGGGGAUCUGUACUGGGACCAAUUUAGUUUAAUAUUUUCAUUAGUGAUAUUGCAAAAGGUCUCGAUGUUAAGAUGUGUCUUUUUGCUGAUGACUCAAAGAUAUGUAACAGGGUUGAUGUUCCUGGAGGGAUAUGCCAAAUGGAAAAGAAUUUAUGAAAACUCGAAGAAUCGUCAGAACUGAAAUUUAAUGUGGAUAAGUGCAAGAUAAUGCACCUGGGGUGUAAAAACCCUCGGGCAGAAUAUAGAUUAUUUGACACAGUCCUGACCUCAGUAUCUGGGGAAAGGGAUUUAGGAGUAAUUUAUUUCAGAAGACUUGAAGGUAGGAAGACAAUGUAAUAGAGCAGCAGGAAAUGCUAGCAGAAUGCUUGGAUGUAUAGGGAGAGGUGUAAGCAGUAGAAAGAGAGAAGUGCUCAUGCCUCACUUGGAGUAUUGUGCGCAGUACUGGAGACCGUAUCUCCAGAAGGAUAUAGAUAUUUUGGAGAGAAUUCAGAGAAGAACUACUAAACUACUACAUGGAUUGCAGGAUAAAACUUACCAGGAAAGAUUAAAGGACCUUAACAUGUAUAGAAGAAAGAAGAGACAGAAGAGAUAUGAUAGAGACUUUUAAAUACAUAAAGGGAAUCAACACGAUAUGUGGACCAUUUCUUAAAACUUCUGGUUGAGUCUCUACCGUCUCAUGUCAAGGAUACUACAGACAUCCUAAAAAGAAUGGAUGAUGUUCAGUUGGAUAACGAAACCCUUCUAGUCACUUGUGACGUGGAAGCUCUCUAUACAUCAAUCAGACAUACAGAUGGACUGGCGGCCACCCAAUUCUACCUAAUGAUGUCGGAUUUAGACCCAGAACUGAAUGUGUACCGUAAAAAAACUUCUACUAAUACCCUUCUUCACGCUUCCUCUUCUCAUCCUCGUCCACUUAUUUCCAAUAUCCCGACAGGGAACGGGGAUAUCAAGAAAGGGAUAUCACCAGAGGCUAUGCACGAGCUAAGGAUACAUCGAGAGGCAAUUUGCUUACUCAGUCCAAGAGGAAAAAGGGAAAUGAGCAGGGAACUUUGUCGGAGAAUACGUGAACAUGUCUUAGGAAUUGAAGCAGCCAAGGAGGAAACAGAUCUACAGAAGCUAAAGACUGUACCUCGCCACUUUCAUCAGUAUCAUGACUGUAACAGCACACUCUUCAAGGGUUUUGAAAAUUGGUCCUGUGUCCAAUAAAGUUUGGAAGUUUGAAGAGAGUAUUGAUGAUCAUCAGCAGCAAAGCACUAGUCACUUUAUACAGUAGGGCCACCAGCAACUGUGUAUUAUAUGAACUUUGUUAUAUAUAGCUUUUCUCUAAUAAAAUGUUUGAUAUAUUUUUUAUUAUAAAUUGUCUUCUGAGGUGUGGAUUAAUAGUUGCAUUGUCUGAUACACACUUUGUAAUUAAUACAUAUAGUCACUAAUUAUUUAACUUUACAUAUUUUUCACUUUUUUCAUAUUUUUUAUACAUUUGUAGUAUAUUGUAUGAUUUCACACACAUUAAUUAGGAGUGUUUGCACUUGACUAUAGACUUUCACACAUUUGUGGGUUACACUAUGGUUUUCAUAUAUAUUUUUUAUUUUUAUCAAUAAUCAUCAAUUUCUAUCCCAUUGCACAUAAUUAUGGGUUUUAUAUAUAUCAUAGCAAUAAUAUGCUUAUGAUUUAUAUAGUGUUCAUAAUUUUUCUUUUUGCACAUUUAUUUGUGCAUGCUUCACUUACAUUCACUUUCACUUUAAUUGGCACUUUUUCACUAUUUAAUUUAAAAGAAAAAGCAAAAAUUUCUCUGCUCCCAGUAUGGGGGUUUGAACCCCCGCCAGGGUGUGUGUAUCUAUGCCUGGCCGUUACACUACCUCUGCUCCAUGGAUUGCCUGGCUAUUUGUUAGCCUGAGAUAUUUAUCCUUCAAUGUUGGUUACCUGUGCGGUGCGCCUUUUCUGCUGUAUGCCGUUCUCUCUAUUUUUGUUUUGUUUUCUGUCUUUUUCUCUUUCAAUGGCGCCUUCUCUCUUAUCUAUUACUAUUUUGUUGUCUUUGGGAUGAUAUGUUAUGAUGUUCGCUUGCGCAUUUACUAAUGAUAAUAUCCCGAUCCUUGGUGUGCACCGCGCAUGCGCGGAUUACUUCCUGGUUCUCGCGGGAUGACGGUGGUGGACGCACCACGUCAUCGCGCAUGCGCGAUGCACGCCAAGAUGGCGCCAGAUACCGGGACCAUGCUUCCUAACCAGGUGAAUUGUAUAUGAAUUAUCUAUUUGUGAAAUCCCUAUUGGCUGAUAUGAUGUAUAUAUACCCCCACAAACUAGAUUUGGUCAUACUCCCUGAGGAAGCCAAACGGCGAAACGACGUUGGGGUGCUGGUGUUGUGUGGGUAGGUACACUGUCUAUGUCUCCUAGCUUGUGCUCUGUGAGUGGGGAAGCUUUAUGGCAAUGCUGCUUUUUGUGCUCAAGAUGGGCGGGCAUUGAUUGGUAUCCCGCAGUUCUUUUGAGCUCCUAUUUGCACACUAUCAUUUGCUUUUCCCCUUUCUCCUGACCACUCGCUGGAGGCCAUCUAUUCAGUGACCUCCUUAUUUAGCUAUUGUUUUCUGUGCACUUUCUACAUGACUGCUAUGUGUAACUUAUAUUUUGUUGUACUGGUGGCCCUACUGUUUAGAUAGGAAUAACUAUGUCAUGUUCUGCACUUAUACAUUUAUGCUAAUUUAUGAUAUGUUACCUACCUUACCAACUCCUUUUUGUCUGGCUAUACUGUCCCUUUUUAAUUGUUUUAAUCUAAUGACGUUCUCAAUAAAGUUUAUUACUGGCGUAUAGAAUUGAUGUUCAAGUGUGUAUAUG